UGCAAGUGAUCAAGUAUCAAGUAAGCUCGCUGCAGUAGAGCAACGCCCGAUGUGCCCAUCAGAUCUGGAAUAAAAUCAUACAAUCUUUGUAACAACAAAGUGCUCGUUCGAAAAAUUCCGCGGUUCAGUAUUUCCGUCAGAUCCACGGUAACCGUACCGAGAGUGUUAAUCGUCAUCAACAGACCGACGAAAAGAAAACAACAUCAUGUUUUGGGAUUCUAUGAGUAACUCUUGCGGAACUUGCGAAUCUACAAGAAUGUCGAAAAACGGGCAGUGCUGCAGUGUCUACCCCAUGGAGGAGUCCUUCACUGAGAAGGAAAACCAGAGCUUCACAAGUCCGAGGAGGAAGUUCGAUUCUGACUUAUCGAUGUACGAGAGUAAUAGUCCAGCUCGUAUGUCAUGCGAUGGUUCGCCGACUCAUUGCUCGUACACGCUGAGACGUCCGUUGGAAGAUCACGACCACAACUCGCAAGAUUCCGGAUACAGUGCAUGCGAAUCGAGCAGAACCUCGCCGAAGAGCAAGGGCCUGUCCUUCGUGUCGCUGAUCUCGAACGAUGAAGAAUUUUUGGACAUUUCCGAAUUGGAGCAGGAGAACGAAUCCAACAAUUUACCUGGUGAUUUCAACAAGUUGAUUACCGGAACCAUAAAGGAGACAAAGAAAUCGCCAGAGAUGGUCCUCGCUCGUCCAACGAUGCGCCGCGCUCUAUCCAUGAUCGCUAGCAGCAACACGCCGAAUUCCAGCAGGGUUCGAUCAUGCCUAUUCAAGAUGAACGAAGAGGUCGAAAUCAGAAAUUUUAAACGUCCGGAGCCGCCAACUGACUUGCAGAGCCCCGUUAACACAAAGAGGAGUCGCCUGUUUCACGAAGAUCAAGUCAUUCAACGCAUCCCGGCCAAGCCCCUCUUCCAACGCAGCAUCUCUUCCACGGAAGAUAGCAUCAAGUCGGCUCUGCAGCGCUCCACCACUGACGCUGAUUUAAUCGGCGACUUCAGCAAAGCAUUCUGCCUGCCUUUAAUCCCUGGUCGCCACCAAGAUUUAAAAUCAAUCACUCCGUCUACGUUGGCCGGCAUCAUCCGAGGAGACUACAGCAUGGUCGCCUCUUUCAAGAUCAUCGACUGCCGUUACCCGUACGAAUUCGAAGGCGGCCACAUCGCCGGAGCGCAAAACCUCUACACCAAGCAGCAGGUCCAAGAGGAGCUGCUCAACCUGAAGACAAAGAACGGCCAACCUGAGACCCAAGAAGCUCAGAAAAGACACAUCAUCGUCUUUCACUGCGAAUUCUCCAGCGAACGUGGACCCAAUCUAUCUCGCUACUUGCGCAACAUUGAUAGAUCACACAACAAAGACUGCUAUCCGUCCCUACAUUUUCCGGAGGUGUACCUCCUGGACGGCGGCUACAAGAAAUUCUACGAGAGCUACGGACAUCUGUGCGCGCCCAACGCCUACCUGCCCAUGUCACACCCUGAUUAUGCCAAAGAGUUGCGCAUUUUCAGAGCAAAAUCAAAGACUCUUAACUCUGACGCCAAACAGAAGACCACCUUCAGGUCAUCUUCCUUCAAGCGACUUUAAUCACCAAGAGUCCGCUGCAACCAUCUAGUACAAAUCGUUCGAGUUUCUGGAAAUUCAUAGACUUGAACAUCCUUGGGCAAAAUACUUGUAAAUAUUGUAUAUACUUAUAAAAGAAUAUUAUAUUAUCUUGUACAUAUGUGCGCGGGCAUGAUUCGAAUUUGAUCGGGACCAUAGACCUAGUCUAUAUAUCCCGUUGUACAUAUAUGAAGGCCCUAAUAGCUUGUGCCCUCCGAAAAUGGUUAGGAUUGGUCAACCGCAAUGCUUUUUACACCAAAGUUCUUUUUAUUAUUAUUUUAAUAUUUUUUUUUUAUUAUUAUUCUUUUUAUUAUUUUGUUUUGUUAUCGGCGACUGCCGGCCGCAGUCUUUCCUGUGCAAUCCAACAUAUACAGUUUUUUUUUUGUAUAUGUAUUAUUGUGAUCUGGGCUCGCUUAAGAAUUCGCUAUGCGCUCCGAUUGCGAUCAAUGUUUACUUUCCAUAUUAUUUUUUUCUAUCGAUGUGUUACUGUUCAUUUUAUUCAACUAAUUAUAUUUCAGUAUUGACUAUUUGUUUCCUGGUGUUACGUGCACAAAUACCAAUUUUUUUUUUAAACGGUGUUCGUCAAUGAUCGAGGAAAUUGAAUAAAAAAAAACUAAAAAUUGUACAAAGGAAAAUUUAUAAUAUUAGUAUAUCGAGAAUGAGAAUUCCGUUUUAUGUUUGUGACACUGUUUCAAUGUGAUGUUUAGACUGAUACAAUUCCUCGAUCUUUGCAAUAAUAUUUU